GGACCGAGUCAGCUCAAGUCCCUUGCAAUUCCUCGCGUCACAAUGCAGUCAGCUCUGUAACCGUAACACAGUACCACUCUGCAAGCGAUAGUGGAAACAAUUUAUUGGCAAAAUUAGGGUCUGUGAAUCCGACUCGAAGGUAAUAGAAAAGAGCAAUGGAGCCGGCGAAGUUGAAUGAACUGAAGCAAUUCGUCGAACAGUGCAAAUCCAAUCCUUCUAUUCUCUCUAAUCCUUCUCUUUCCUUCUUCCGUGACUACAUUGAAAGUCUCGGUGGUAAACUUCCUCCGUCUGCUUACGAUACUGGAGAUUACAAAGCGAAGUCUCAUGUGGUGGAUGAGAGUGAUGACGAGGUGGGUGAUGAUGAGAACGAUGCUCAUGCUAAAGGGGCGGUUGAAGAAGACGAGGAGCCUGAGAUAAUUGAAUCUGAUAUUGAGCUUGAUGAGAGUGACUCUGUGGAACCUGACAAUGAUGAGCCGCAAAAGAUGGGAGACCCUUCUGUUGAGGUGACUGAAGAAGCCCGCGAUGCUUCUCAAGAGUCCAAAGCCCAGGCCAUGGAAGCAAUUUCUGAAGGUAAGCUAGAAGAGGCAAUUGAGCAUCUUACAAAGGCAGUUCUCCUCAAUCCUACAUCAGCAAUUAUGUAUGCUGCUAGAGCUAGUGUGUAUAUCAAGAUGAAGAAGCCAAAUGCUGCCAUACGAGAUGCAAAUGCAGCGUUAGAGAUAAACCCAGAUUCUGCUAAAGGUUACAAAUCACGUGGCAUUGCCCGUGCCAUGCUGGGAAAAUGGGAGGAGGCUACUAAGGAUCUUCACUUGGCUUCAAAGCUGGACUAUGAUGAGGAAAUAAGUGCUGUGCUUAAGAAGGUUGAGCCAAAUGCACAUAGAAUUGAAGAACACCGCAGGAAGUAUGAUAGGCUGCGCAAAGAACGAGAAGAUAGAAAGAAUGAGCGUGAGAGACAACGAAGAAAGGCUGAAGCUCAGGCUGCUUAUGAGAAGGCCAAGAAGCAAGAAGAAUCCUCAUCAAGUAGGAGAGCUGGUGGCAUGCCUGGUGGCUUCCCUGGUGGAAUGCCAGGAGGGUUUCCUGGCAUGCCAGGAGGGUUUCCUGGGGGCAUGCCCGGGGGCUCUCCUGGGGACAUGCCUGGUGGCUCUCCUGGGGCCAUGCCGGGAGGCUUUCCUGGGGCCAUGCCUGGAGGAAUGCCUGGUAACAUGGACUACAGCAAAAUACUGAAUGACCCUGAGUUAAUGGCGGCAUUCAAGGAUCCAGAUGUCAUGGCUGCCCUGCAAGAUGUGAUGAAGAACCCUGCUAAUUUGGCCAAGCAUCAGGCAAAUCCUAAAGUUGCUCCAAUUAUUGCGAAAAUGAUGAGCAAAUUUGCUGGAAGUAACUGAGAGUUUUUGGGCUUCUGUCAGUGAGAGUUUCUAGAUUUUGGUACGGAGGUGUGAUUUUGUUGUAAACUUUGUUUCAUCGAGUACGCAGAGGGUCAUGCCUCUAGAUUGUGUUUACUGCAAGUUCAGGUUCACAAUAGAUCUUGUGCAUUAUUGAUAGAAAGAAAUUGAUAUGCUUUUAUAGGCACAUAAUUGCUAACUUUAGUCACUUGACUUGUUGCUAAUGUUCAACUUCAAUUUUUCAUGCUGGUGUGUGGUAUUUUGCUAUACAAUAUCUCAGAUGUUU